AUGUUCUGGCACGUCUACGACACCCUCGAACACGGACUGGGGCAGCAUUCCAUGCACCCGAUGAGCUCAACGUACAAGCCUGCACUCUUCGCCAGAGCGGCUAAAAUCUCUACCUACGGCUACAUCAGCCACUUCCUGCAAGUCGCGGAAUCGUCUUGGCGAGCCCAUCCUGCACAUGUCGCCCUCAUGGACCCGCCGCCGCCCGCUCUGACCGCCUAUCUCUCGCGCCUGGAGUCUGUCUCGCACUCCUCAGAUCCAUCCCCCCUCCUAGCACACGCGUAUGUCCGCUACUUGGGUGAUCUCAGUGGUGGAUAA